AUGGAUGUGCACGCAGCUGCCUUGAAUGGUGAUGUAGAAGAUGUUCGCCGGUAUAUCGCGGGCUCGGGUGAUCCGAACAUUCUCAACGAUGCUGGUAUAACGCCGCUGCACAGGUACGGUUGGAACGACUAUCAGGGCCCAGAGUAG